AUGUUUCAACCCCGAAUUGCCCUCCAGGGUGUUCGGCUACCUUUCAGGUGUUUACCAUCUAUCCCAAUUCGCCGCUUCGCAUCUGUCGUCAAUGAGUCCGAGACUUCUGCCACUCAACCUUCAAACUCGAUAUAUGAUACUGCAGAAUCUUUUGCACCUCAACCACAACGUGAAGCAACCGGUUUGCGUCUUCGCACAUAUCGUCCCAUUACUCCCGGUGUGAGACAUUUACGUCGGCCAAUUAAUGACCAUCUGUGGAAAGGCCGCCCAGUCCAUCGGUUGACUUUUCCCAAGCGCGGUCAUGCAAAGGGUGGCCGUAAUAACUCUGGCCGUAUCACAAUGCGCCAUCAUGGCGGUGGUCACAAGCGUCGGAUUCGUACUGUCGACUUUGUGCGAAUGGACCCAGGCGCUCACCUGGUAGAGCGUCUGGAGCAUGAUCCAGGACGGACUGCCCAUAUUGCUUUGAUCCGCAACAAGAAGACCAAGAAGCUAAGCUAUAUUUUGGCUCCAGAUGGUCUGGCGGUCGGCGACACGGUGGAGAGUUAUAUGUCUGGUAUUCCCGAAGAGCUUUGGAAGAGCAUGGGUGGUACCGUGGAUCCUGGUGUUUUGGCUGCAAGAACUGCCUACAGAGGAAACUGUCUUCCUUUGCACAUGAUCCCGGUCGGUACUUCAAUUUUCAAUGUUGGACUACGACCUGGCAUGAAGGGCCAGCUGUGCCGGAGCGCUGGAACAUAUGCCACCGUGGUGGCCAAGGGUAGUGAUUCCAGACAGAAGGAUUUGGAAGGAGAACAAGAAGCUGAGGCAGCAAGACCAGUGGAUGAGACAGAGAAGAAAAAGGGCCUGACAUCGAAGGAGAAGCAGGAACGUCAAAAGAAGGAACGUGCGGCCCAGCAUAUCACCGUUCGCCUGUCCAGCGGCGAAGUUCGGCUGAUCCACAAGGACUGCUGUGCUACCAUUGGAAUUGCAAGCAACCCUAACUACCAAUACACUCAGCUUGGUAAGGCUGGACGUUCCCGCUGGCUGAACAUUCGCCCAACCGUGCGUGGUUUGGCUAUGAAUGCUAUGGAUCACCCCCACGGUGGUGGUCGUGGUAAGUCCAAGGGUAACGUCGAUCCUAAGAGUCCUUGGGGUAUUCCGACCAAAUCCGGUUAUAAGACCCGCCCCAAGUGGAAGAUCAACAAGGCCGUCGUGCACCCCAGACCUCGCAACCAAGGCCAACGUCGCCGUGGAUACAACUAA